ACAAACUCCCACUUAAUUUCGUUAACAGAGAACUCAAGAAGAAGAAAGAUGAUGAUGAUGGUGAUGGAAAACGAGUUUCAAGAACGUAGCAACCUCAACAUCAACGACAUUGAUCUCUCUCUCCUCCGCCUCUCCUCCCCACCACCUUACGCCUACUCUCGCUCCUCCUUCCUCUCCGCCGCAUCUCCUGAUGCUAUCAUCAGCCCCUUGAAACGCUCCUCCCCUGUUUCCGACGAGUCAGAUCAGCCCAAACGCAGGAGAGUCUCCCUCCAAGACCCCAUCUUUAUCGCGUCUCCUCUCAGCUCCACUUACCCGGAAACUCAACCUUCCUCCAUCGCCGACCCACCUGUUCCGGAGAAGCCAGAAACGUCGCCGUAUGAUUCCAAGAGUCUUGAAACAGAGGUUGGUUUGUUGUAUAAUCAAGAACUUUGACUCUCUUCUGGUUUUAAUUAACUAGUAAUAAAGAAUCUUCAUUUGGUUGUUUACUAGAGGAU